AUGUCGCUGGGCCCUGCUGGAGGUGAUAAUGUGUCUUCGGACGGGAUCUCAUCGGCGGCUAAGAUGAAUAUGUUUGCCACAAGUGGAAUAAGUGGGAGUAAUGUCGGAAUGGACAUGAUGUUACAACAACAGUUGAUGUUCAAGGAUAGUGAGGUAAGGACUGCUAACCAGACUAUUAUGGAACUGAACUCUCAAAUGGCGAGAUUCCAGAGUGGCGAUAUUGACGUUGCUGGCUUGACUCGGGAGAUCGUCAAGUUGAAAUCGGAUAUAGCACAGAAGCGCAUGUGCCUUGGGUAUGAAACUGGAUCCUUGCCUCAGGACAUGAUGCUGCAGCAAUGUGCCGGAGGUGGUGGCCUUGGAGGUUUCGGCAUGGGCAUGAGCUCGGCAAACCUUGGUGGGGAGCCUGCGCCUCAGGAGGUGUAUGAAGAACUCCUUCUCACCCAACAGGACUGUCGCCACCUACAGCUUGAACUUGAAUGGUAG